UAUGUUGAACAAGCUACGGACCAACCCCAAAAUCAAUGAAGAUUUCGACAGUGGUAGCCUUCCCGGCAGCGUCAUCACUCUCGCCUCCUUCAUCGUUAUGCUUCUGCUCUUCUUCGAGGUCGUACCACAGCAUCCCUUAUUCCUCUUUUCCCUUUGUUUUCUUCUCUCUCUCUCUAUCUCUCUCUAAUCAAAAAGGGGUUCUGAAACGCGUCGAGCCUUCCUCAUCGCCUCCGACUCUCCAAUCCCUCUUCGACUUGGUUUAUGAGAUGACAACAGCAAUAGCUAUUGAAGAUGUCCGUAGAGAGGUAAAAAUACUGAAAGCAUUAUCUAGACAUAAGAAUCUGGUCAGAUUUUAUGAUGCAUUUGAGGAUGCCAAUAAUGUCUACAUAGUCAUGGAGUUGUGUAAAGGUGGAGAACUACUGGAUAAAAUUUUGUCCAGGGGUGGAAGAUACACAGAAGAAGAUGCUAAAGUUAUUGUUGUGAAAAUUUUAAGUGUUAUUGCCUAUUGUCAUCUUCAAGAUGUUGUGCAUUGUGAUCUAAAGCCAGAGAAUUUUCUUUUUGCCACAAGAGAGGAGGAUGCUUCAGUGAGGGUUAUUGAUUUUGGUCUCUCCGAUUUUAUAAGGCCUAGUAAUGCUUCCACAUACUAUUUUUCUUGGCUUCAAGAAUGUGUUACUGCACUUUGA